AUGAAAGUCACCAAGAUCGAAAUCUUCGACUGCGAGUUGAGUCGCCUGGACCCGACAAUGUUCUCAUUCAACCCCGUUUUGGUGAGGUUGCAUACAGACGAAGGUAUAACCGGCUUGGGAGAGGUCGGACUUGCCUUCGGAGCCGGCGCCAAAGCCGCAGUAGGAAUCCUACGCGAUCUUGCCCAGUUCGUGCUAGGUCAGGACCCAAUGAAUGUCGAAGCAGUAUGGGAGUCCAUGUUCCGGCGCUCAUACUGGGGCACUGGAGGCGGGCCCGUAGUAUACGGGGGCAUCAGCGCGUACGAUAUCGCGCUUUGGGACAUCCGCGGGAAGAAGCUGAAUGCACCCAUAUAUCAGCUGCUUGGGGGCAAGACGAAUACUGAUUUGCGAUGUUACGCCAGUCAGAUCCAGUUCGGCUGGGGUGACAAGUAUACCCUUGCGAAUGAGCCAUCCCAGUAUGCUGCUGCCGCGAAACUGGCUGUUGCGGAGGGGUACACUGCGAUCAAGGUGGAUCCGCUGGAAGUACGGCGCGAUGGCACGGUUGUGCACCGGCAGGUUUUGGAGCCGCAUUAUUUUGGUCUGCUGCGCCAUGACAAUAUCCAGAUGGCAGUUGAGCGGGUCGCUGCGAUUCGCCAUGCCGUCGGUCCUGAUGUGGAUAUUAUUGUGGAAUUGCAUUCCAUUCUGGGCACCAACUCUGCCAUCCAAUUUGCCCGUGCUAUGGAGCCGUACAAUAUCCUGUUCAUGGAAGAACCUAUCAAUCCACUAAGCGCGAAAAACAUGACCAAAGUGGCUGAGAAGUCACCUGUUCCUGUAGCCACCGGCGAACGUACCUACACGCGAUGGGGAUUCCGAGAAAUGCUGGAGAACCAGGCCCUUGCAGUGGUUCAGCCAGAUGUCUGUCUGGUGGGUGGGAUCACUGAGGCCAAAAAGAUCUGCGAUCUUGCCAACCUGUACGACGCUACUGUCCAAGUUCAUGUCUGUGGUGCUCCAGUUUCGACUGCGGCGGCGUUGCAUAUUGAAGCCGUGAUUCCUAAUUUUAUUAUCCAUGAACACAACACAAUCGCUCUGAAGGAGUGUGUCAAGGAGCUGUGUGUGAACGAUUACCAACCCUCGAACGGCCGGUUUCAAAUCCCAGACGCCCCAGGCCUGGGCCAGGACCUCAACGAGGAGAUUGCGAUGCAAUACCUUGCUCAUACUAUUGAGUAG